AUGGCGGCACGGAAAUUUAUCGACAUUGGUGCGAAUUUGACCGACUCAAUGUUCUCCGGCAUAUAUAAUGGUUCGCAAAAACACACCGGUGACCUAAAGGAGGUUCUUCUUCGGGCCUAUAACGCAGGCCUGCAAAAAAUAAUCGACCCCAAAGCCUACUACGAGCAGCUCAAGAACUGUCUCGAAGAUAAUCCGGACAAGGCGGUUGCCGUCGGUGAAUGUGGUCUGGACUAUGAUCGACAGUUGCAGUUGGCACACACCAGCGGUUUGCCCCUCUUCUUGCACUGUCGAAACGCUCACGCUGACCUGCUGGACAUCCUGCGGAGGCAUAUUGCCGAAUUUGGACCUGUGACCGGGGUUGUACACACAUUUGAUGGAACUGCCGAUCAGGCCAAUGAUUUGUUAAAUCUGGGACUAUACCUUGGUUUCAAUGGAUGCAGCUUAAAACUGCCGGAAAAUUUAAAGGUGAGCUAUUGUUAUUUAAGUGUUUGCACUUGUGAUGUUUCCUUGUUCAUACAGUAA